UCAGCUCACCCAGCUGAAGCAGGAAACCAGCCUCGGUUGUUUUCCUUCUCCCUGCCCAGCAGAGUCCGGAGGAAUGGUAACCGGUUAGCUCAUCGGGCAGCAGCUACAGAAUUUACUCGUUAACGUUGUUUGGUAAAGGGUAGUUCUGUUAUAAUAAUGAAUUUACUACCGUCUAACCCUCACGGGAACGGACUACUUUAUGCUGGAUUUAACCAGGAUCAUGGAUGCUUUGCCUGUGGAAUGGAGAAUGGAUUUCGUGUAUACAACACAGAUCCUCUCAAGGAAAAGGAAAAACAAGAGUUCCUGGAGGGCGGGGUCGGCCACGUGGAGAUGCUGUUUAGGUGUAACUAUCUGGCACUAGUGGGAGGAGGGAAGAAACCCAAGUACCCAACUAACAAAGUGAUGAUUUGGGACGACCUGAAGAAGAAGACAGUCAUUGAGAUUGAGUUCUCAACAGAAGUCAAAGCAGUGAAGCUUCGGCGUGACAGGAUUGUGGUAGUCCUGGACUCAAUGAUCAAAGUGUUCACCUUUACCCACAACCCCCAUCAGCUGCAUGUGUUCGAGACUUGCUACAACCCCAAAGGUCUGUGUGUGCUGUGUCCUAACAGCAACAACUCUCUGCUGGCAUUCCCUGGCACUCAUUCAGGCCAUGUACAGAUUGUGGAUCUCGCCAACACAGAGAAGCCCCCCGUUGACAUCCCCGCCCACGAGGGGGCGCUGUGCUGCAUCGCUCUCAACCUGCAGGGCACAAGAAUAGCUACUGCAUCUGAGAAAGGGACUCUCAUUAGAAUUUUCGACACAUCUGCGGGCCAACUCAUACAGGAGCUAAGACGAGGCUCACAGGCCGCUAACAUUUACUGCAUUAAUUUUAACCAGGAUGCGUCCCUCAUCUGUGUGUCCAGCGACCACGGCACAGUGCACAUCUUUGCUGCAGAAGACCCCAAAAGGAACAAACAGUCAAGCUUGGCAUCAGCAAGCUUUCUUCCCAAAUACUUCAGCUCCAAGUGGAGCUUCUCCAAGUUCCAGGUCCCCUCAGGCUCUCCCUGUGUGUGUGCCUUUGGAACAGAGCCCAAUGCCGUAAUAGCCAUUUGUGCUGACGGCAGCUAUUACAAGUUUCUGUUCAACCAGAAGGGGGAGUGCUCCAGAGACGUGUACGCCCAGUUCCUGGAGAUGACCGACGAGAAAAUAUGACCAUUGACCCCUCUGAAGACUUCCUAUUAAGCAACCAGUUUUGUUUUUUCUGGACUUUUCUUGUUUUUUUUUUAUGGAGGUAGGAGAGGUCCCAAUUUGCACUCCUCUUUAUCUUGACGGACUCUAAAAGAGCAUCAGAUCAAAGGAAAAAGAAGCACAGACCUUGGGGAAAAACUCUCAAUGCAAAGAUGAACGUAUGAACAGUGUUGCAGAUUGGAUGUCUCUGGACGGAGGGACACGGAUGCUGGCUUUACUCCCAAACCAAACACAAGGAAAAAAAGAGGGAAAGGUAUUUUUUUGAAAGGACAACUUGCCGCUUUUUAGGACGUCUUCCAAGGAAUUUACAAAGGAUGGCUAUUUUUAAUCACAUUAGAUGAUUCUAAUAGAAGGAUUGAAAAUAUUGAGAUUUUUGUCAACUAACACCACCUAACCUAACUAUAGGGAGUGCCUCUGAGACUGGAGAGUCUGUAUGUGUGCACAUACUAUUGUUGUCAUAUAGACAUACAUGUGUCGGCGUAUAUACCAAUGUACCAUAUUAGGCACUUGCAAAGCAGGAGCAGAAUGAAGUAACUGUUUUUCUCUACUCGGGUCUAAAAGUUCAAAGUGACAUCUGGAGUGUUGGAAUAGACCGAUCCUGCAGCGUGAAGUGUCACCUUAGUAUUUCUAGAUUUUCUUACAGCCACUGUAUAUACACAACCCGCCAGACUGAACUUCGAACCACAAAGAUCUGUACAGAAUAGUAGCAAAAAUAACGUAUUUUGUUUUGCUUUUCCUUUUUUUUUUUUUUCAUACGCUGUGCAAUACAUUGUAUUCCUGAGUAUUUUCUUGACUAAAAGCAUGUUAAAGUUGAGUGUUUCUGGUCGGGGGGCAACUGUUCUGCGCCCACAUCAGUCCCCAUUUUUGGUAAUAAGAUCAUCACAAAUAUUUGUUAUAAUAUACACUACCGUUCAAAAGUUUCCGGUCAAUGAGAAAUAUCCUUUUAUUGGGGGAAAAAAGUGAAGACAGUGAAGACAACUUUGAUUAGAAAUAGAGUCUAGAUUUGGUAAAUGACUAUUCUAGCUGGAAACAACUGAUUUUUAAUGUAAUAUCUCCAUAGGGGUACAGAGGAACAUUUCCAGCAACCAUCACUCCUGUGUUCUAAUGCUACAUUGUGUUUGCAUGUUGAAAGACUAGUUGAUGAUUAGAAAACCCUUGUGCAAUUAUGUUUUCCUCAUGAAUCAAAGUGUGAGUUUUCAUGGAAAGCAUGAAAUUGUCAGGAUGCGGCCCCAAAUUUUUGAACGGUAGUGUACAUUCAUAGUAAAAAAUGUAAUCUAGGUAUCAAAAUUUGGAAAAGCACAAACUCCCAACACCACGCUUGGUUGAAAUUCUUUCAUGGUUUGCACAUUUAAUGAGAAAAUAACUUGGCAAUGUUUAUCUUUUAACGUUGACUAUAACUCAUGAGAAGGACAGAGUGCUGCAGGACAUGAGACCCCAGUGACAGAUACAGAGAAGAAUCUCAGAGCCAAAGUAGUGCAUUUUUAAAUGAAUUGUCGGAAAUCGGUUUAAAUAAACAAUACCAAUAAUUGGAAAAAGGCUGAAUGAACCUAUCCAUCAAUCAGUCCAUAUUACGUUGGUUCUACCUAAACAAGAAAACUUAGUUUGGAUGUUUUGGGAAAUGCGCUUUUCUCUCUGGAAGUUUGACACCAUACCCAAGUCUAUACUGUAAAUGUAACACUAGCAGCUGAUUAGCUUGAGCUUAAAUUAAAAGCUGGAAACAACUCGCCAGGUUCUGACUGUAACAGAAUCUGCCUACCAGCUAUCUCUGCAACUUGCCAAUGAACACCUUAAAGCUUGUUAGUUGCGCUGGAGGUAAAAAUUGGAGCAUUAUAUUUCCUGGAGUUACGUCCGAUUUUUAGGCAGUGACUUAUCAAACGAGCUAGGACUUCUUUAAUUAGCUUCGGAGGUACAGUUAGAUUUAGUGGCCUACAGAGAAAAGCUAUGCUCGCUGUUUCACCACUCACUGACUUCAUGCUAAGACAAGCUAAUAGUACCCUGCUAGUCUUUGCUUUCUGUUAACACUACAGAUUACUGGUACUGAAGUUUCAUCUAGCUCUCUAAGAAGACAAAGAUGAUUCCCAAUAUGUUGAAAUAUUUCGGUAAAAGUUGAGUGUUUGAUGUGUCUUCAGAAGAUUCAGACUCAAACACACAGUUUCCAUCUUAAAUCUCACAAACUGUAACUGAGAUUUUCCACUCAGCAGCCCAGAUAACUGUAAAAAUCUGAACAUUUUCAACCUUGUUCAAGACCAAACUUCAUGCUAAGAGCGAUGUGAUUAAAUCAGAAAGGUUCUGAAAGAUGCUCCACUUGCUUUUGGUUGACCAGUGUGGCUCUGCAUCACAGCUUUUGGCACCUUUUUUUGGCAAAAUCUUGACCACUUUUUUGGUGAGUGUUGUUUCUGUCUGCUGUUGUAGCCCUGCUAAUUCAGCUGAUGCCAAUCAGGGACUCUGAAGUGCUUUGUCGAACCCUGUGGCCAUAAGCAGAUCGUCUGUUCAGUGCGGAUUCAUCACAGUGGAACAUAUAGAAGCCAGACUGUGUUGGUGCGUCAUUUUCAUGUCAUGUUAAUUGAUAGCUUUUCGUCGUUUCUUUGUAAAAUACAUUUCAGUUGUGUUGCUUUCUGCAUCAGAUUGUACUCUUACCGGCGUCACACCGAACGAACACGGCCACCAACCACAGGAAGGAUGCUGCACAAACGGAAAAGCCAACUUAUUUCUGACACAUUCAGAAUGAUUGUAAACCUGCAUAUAAAUCUGUGAAUAAAAUUUAACAUCUUCUUUUACA